CACCUUGAACCUAUGUCCUCUGGUCCUCGAUGCGUCUACCCGAUCUAUUCCCCAUGUGAUUUUAUACACCUCUAUAAGACCACCCCUCUUUCUCCUGCGCUCCAAGGAAUAGAGUCCCAGCCUACUCAACCUCUCCCUAUAGCUCACACCCUCUAGUCCUGGCAAUAUUCUCAUAUUAGCAUUAAUCCUAGCAAUAUCAUCAGGCUAUUAAACUCAACUCAAACAAAACUCUGACUAUUAAUAGCCCAUUGCACUUUAUCUGCUUAUUUAUGUGUGUAUAUAUAUAUAUAUAUUCAAUGGUAUAUGGACACACUGAUCUGUUCUGUAUUUAUUUGUGCCUACUAUAUUGUGUUGUGCUGAAGCAAAGCAAGAAUUUCAUUGUCCUAUCUGGGACACAUGACAAUAAACUCUCUUGAAUCUUGAAUCUUGAAUUCUCAUCAAUUCAUAAUCCCUAGACUGAAGAUAGACCCAAAUUGCUGUAGUAACAGCGGCCUUUCUUCAGACUAUGCAGUUCCUUCCUGCACAUUCCGAAGACUGAAUCGGGUGACGCUGGUAUGUUGUUUUGCAGGUUUCCGUGUAACUAUGACAACAGGGAAAGGACUUUGCAUUUGAGAUGUUGCAUUUUGGGAAGUCUAACAAGGGCAGGACCUAACCAGUGAACGGCAGGCCUCUGGGUAGUGUUGUAGAGCAGAGGGAUCUAGGAGUACAGGUGCAUGGUUCCUUGAAGGUCGAGUCACAGGUAGAUAAGGUGGUCAACAAGGCUUCUGGACACUUUGGCCUUCAUCAGUCAGAGUAUAAAGUUAGGAGGUCAUGUUGCAGUUGUGUAAGACGUUGGUGAGGCUGCAUUUAGAGUAUUGUGUUCAAUUCUGGGCACCGUGUUAUAGGAAAGAUGUUGUCAAACUGGAAACGGUACAGAGAAGAUUUACAAGGAUGUUGCCAGGGCUAAAAGGUCUGAGCAACAAGGAGAGGUUGAGUAGGCUGGGUCUCUAUUUCUUGGAGCGCAGGAGGAUGAGGGGUGAUGUUAUAGAGGUGUAUAAAAUCAUGUGAGGAAUAGAUCGGGUAGAUGCACAGAGUCUCUUGCCCAGGAUUAACCAUUAAGCAGACUAAGCACGUGCUUAGGGCACCAGGGCCAAAGGGGGCACCACAAAGUUGGGAAAAGGGUGAAAAGAAAAAAAAACGAAUGAAGAUUUGUAAAAAAAAUAAAAAAUUGAUAAAACUAGUGCAAAUUGAUCAUAAUGUUCUGUUUCUUGAUCAUGGUGCACCCUAGAGUUAUCUUCCCAGGUGUACCACAAGGGGCAUUGCUGGCGCAGUGCACUCUGACCUCUGUCGGUCAGUAAGAUCAUUAACAUGUCACAUGUUUCCUGUUGUGGAAUAUUCUCGACUGACCUCUGUGCCUCAGGCAUGAUGUGUGCGAUAUCCUUGGAAAUCUAAGACCACUGCACUGCCCCAUGUGAACGUCAACAAUGAGGCGUGUUCAGUUGAGUGGUGCGCAAAAGAGAAAACGUGCAAAAGAAUCUGUCUGUUGUAGCCAAGACAGGAAAGCUGACAGAUUUCUUCUUACAAACUGCAGAGAAAGAUGAUCCAGAUCAAAACCAGUGUCAGUCUUCAGAGACAGCAAGUGAAUCAAAUCUAUCUCCUUCAUCAGAAACAGGCAGUGUUGGUGCAAGGCCAGAUUUUCACGAUGACGUUGCACAUGAUGAAGUGCCACAACCUGGACCUAGUUCUACGACAAGAUGUGUAAAUGCUUUUGAACUGUCCAAGGAGUUUAGAGAACUGACCAAGGAUGAAAUGAACAAAGCUAAGGACCCAGGGUUGUGGGAUGAAUUUUAUGGUGAUGAUGUGACUUAUUGGGUUGCUUGUGGACGCAGUGAAUGUCAGCACCACAAUGGGCCAUUUGACAAAUCGUGUCGCAAUUUCAUCAGUGGGAAGCCAAAGAGAUACCGUUCACAGAAAAUCUUUUUUGGAAUAAAGGCCAAUGGUGAACACUACAAGAGAGAAUGGCUGUUGUACUCUCCUUCAAAAGGAUCGGUUUACUGUUUUGUUUGUAAACUAUUUGCGCCCAAAGGGUCAACGCAUUUUGCUAGAAAUGAAGGAUUCAGUGACUGGCGAAACACUGCUGUAAUUGACAACCAUGAAAAAAGUACAACUCACCAAGAUGCCAUGUUGACAUAUUUAACUCGGAAACAAGGCUUAGGCUUGACACAGCCACUGGAAAAACAGAUUAAAGAGGAGUACAAUUACUGGGAGAAUGUGCUUCGGUUGUAGCAGUCAUUUGCACACUGGCUGAACGAGGAUUGGCAUUCCGAGGAAAAGUGGAAAAAUUUGGGUCUCUCAAUAAUGGGAAUUAUUUGGGGCUACUCGAAUUGAUAAGUCAGGAACCCUGGAACUCUCUGCCGCAGAGGGUAGUCGAGGCCAGUUCAUUGGCUAUAUUUAAGAGGGAGUUAGAUGUGGCCCUUGUGGCUAAGGGGAUCAGAGGGUAUGGAGAGAAGGCAGGUACAGGAUACUGAGUUGGAUGAUCAGCCAUGAUCAUAUUGAAUGGCGGUGCAGGCUCGAAGGGCCGAAUGGCCUACUCCUGCACCUAAUUUCUAUGUUUCUAUGUUUCUAUGUCAGUUUGACCCAUUCUUGGCUGCUCACAUAUCACGGUAUGGCAAUGCGGGAAAAGGCAACCCUUCGUACCUGUCCAAAACGAUAUGUGAGGAACUUAUUGAGUUAAUAGCAAAGAAAGUGCACUCCGUCAUCAUUGACAAAAUUAAUGUUUCUGGGUACUUCAGUCUGUCUGUGGACUCAACGGCUGAUCUUUCGCAUGUUGACCAACUGGGCAUAGUGCUCAGAUACUUUGCAGGAUGGACAACCAGUUGAACGAUUUAUCACAUUUUUGGAAUUACAAAACCACACUGGUGAAGCUAUGGCACAGCAGGUGUUGAAGUACUUAUGUGAUGAUUGUAAAUUGGAUUUUGCUAAAUGCAGAGGGCAGUCAUACGACAAUGCUGCCAACAUGUCUGCACAUUACAAUGGCAUGCAGCAAAACCUUUUGGAUGCAAAUCAGUUUGCCAUUUAUGUACCCUGUGCAGCUCAUUCACUAAAUUUAGUUGGACGAAGUGCUGUGGAUUGCUGUCAAGUUGCAGUAGGUUUCUUUUCCACUGUACAACUGCUCUACACAUUCUUUUCAGCCUCAACUGCUCGGUGGAGAAUUCUCAAAGAUUGCAUUGGAAAUGAAAAAGUGUUGAAAUCACUUUCAGACACCAGAUGGGAAGCACAUGCUGUGGCAACUGCAGCAAUUAUCAACUCUUUCUUCAAGAUUCUGGAAGCUUUGGAAGAUUUAUCAGAUGACCAGUUGCAAAAAGGUGACACUAGAAGGGAGGCAAAGAAUAUUGCAAACAAGAUGCAAGAACUGGAAUUUGUGUUCAUGCUGAAUUUUUGGAAUGAAACUUUAGAAAAGUUUCAUAGAACAAGUCAACUUCUUCAAAGUGAAAAUGUGAUCUUGCAAACAUGUGCAGAUUUGUAUUCAUCAUUGGCAGACCAGUUGCACACAUCAAGAGAUGAGUUUGAGAGAUUUGAAUCACUUGCAAAGGACAUGCUCCCUGAUGUAGAAUACAAAGCAACUCAAACGCGUAAGCGUAUAAGAAAGAGAAUGCCCAACGAUGGAAAUGCACCAGAGGUCAUUCUCAGUGCCAGAGACAAAUUCCGUAUCUUCACUUUUUAUGUAAUUGUUGAAAAGUUAGAAACGGAAAUGAGGAGGAGACUACUAAAGGUGUACACUAAAAUAGCAGACAGAUUCUCUUGUCUGACAGAUGGUCCUAAUGCCCAAAGCUCCUAUAGCAGAGCAAGAUGGGCUACUCCUGCUAAAUACAAUGGGCUGACGUGUAGUACGCUAUGGAGGGGAUCCUGGGCAUUUUUCCCCGCCCAUUUUAGCAACCUGAGCCUACCUGACCCGACCCGACUCGCAGUAUAAUCAAUGUUGCGGGGCAACAGUUUGUGUGGGUUAGAUUCAUAAAUCUGUCAGUUCAAACUUCUUGUCAAGAAUAAAAUUUGAUUCUGGUAAUUGUC